GUUCAACUCGAUGGUUCACAUGUACGCUCUAUGGUCCUGUUCCUCAGGCGAUGUCGCUGAGGCUUACGUCAACAAAUGCGACGAGAAGGCAGUGGGAAGAAACUCGGGGAAACUGCACGUGUGGAAUUGAGCGAGAGUUGUACCCACGCAAUAUAGGCGAAAAAUGUCCGAAAGCCAAGACUCAAGAAAGAGGAGCAAACGGCACUACGGCAACUAUGGAGCCAAAAAGUAUAAAGGUUCACGCGAGCUCGAGGUUGGAAUGCAGGGGAUUCUCAUUACGUGUAAUAUGAAUGAGAGGAAGUGUACAUCGGAAGCUUACAGCCUCCUGAACGAGUAUGCGGAACAGUUAUACGGACCAGAGAAGUUUUCUGAUGUUGAAGAGAGUGACAGCAAUGGGGAUAAUUCUGCGGAUGAGGAUGAUGCAGAGGCGGCCCUGAAGAAGGAGGUUAAACAGAUACGCUCAUCUACACAAAAGAUGGAGAGGCGCUUCCAGGCUCUUGACAGUGGGGCUAAUAAUGUCAUCUUCAUUAGGACACAACACUUAGAUCCUGACAAGCUUGUCCAUCACAUUUUGCAAGAUCUGCACACAACAAAAAAGAAGAAAUCUCGGGUCAUCCUCAGGAUGUUGCCAGUGAGCGGGACCUGUAAGGCCUUCAUUGAGGACAUGGAGAAGUACCUGGAAAACUUCCUGGAGCCAUGGUUCAAGACCCCUAACCAGGGAACCUUUCAAAUUGUCUUCAAGGCCCGCAACAGUAGCCACAAUAAGAGGGAGGAGGUCAUUAAAGCUUUAGCAGAAUUAGUUGGGAAAAUGAACCCCCUAAAUAAAGUGGACCUCACUAACCCUGAGUUCACCAUCAUAAUUGAAGUGAUUAAAAAUGUGUGCUGCGUGAGUGUAGUGCGGGACUAUAUGCUGUUCAGAAAGUUCAACGUGCAGGAAGUGCUUAAGCUGGAUAAAGUGCAGACCCCGCCUCAGAAGACUGAGGGAUCACCCAAGGAGACUGUCGUACAGGAAGCGAAGGAUUUGAAGCGGGACGGCGGAGCGGGAGACAGCGUUCCUGGCCAGGAGAUACAGGAGGAACAGGCUGUAUCAGGAAAAAAGGGUGAGGAAGAUGGGCAAGACCACUCACCUGGCCAGAAGUAGUGCACUUUGCACAUAAUGGAUAUUAUUGUGCUAAGUGUGUUCUGUAAAUAGAGAACAUAGCUGGAACCUGUUCAUGGUUUAAAACACGUAUGUACAUUGUGAAACGGUUGAAUUUCAAUAGUUCAUAUUCCCUUUCUAAAUGUUAUUCUGCACCAUCACCUUGUAAUAUUUCACCAGAAUUUGGCCUCUCGUGCUCUUUGAAAAAUUUUCAAGGUGAAUUGAAAAGCAAGGACGGUAUUUUUGUUGUUAAACGGCUUCCAGAAACAUCUUUGUAAUGUCUGCAUUUUAUACCCAGCAUGCUAAAUGUAGGAAUAUGUGAUUUUAUUUGUCAGAAAUGUGUUUGAAUUGAUAUGUGUUAUUAGUGGUGCAGUUUUAAUUGUUAUUUGGUUGGGUUUACUUAUAAAAUUGAAAAAAGAACUUUGCUUUUUUAUGGUGUUUUUCAUGUUGUUCUAUGAGCUUUGAUGAAUAUUACUUAAGUUUAGCAUUAUCCUAGUAAGAAGAAGUAAGCUUAUCCCACCUUCCUCCAUACAUCAAUGCUAAAUGUUGGAUUCCCCCUCUACAGCAGAAAUCCCAUGUUUACUGAAGGAGAUUGAGAAAUACUGUUUGAUGUUGUUUUGUAUAUUGUUAUUCCUAAUGGCAAAAGAGAUAUUGUUUUCAAAUCGGGAAAAUGCUUAUUUUAUUCCAGGUUGUCAGGCCCCCUUUUUUUUAUUUUUUUUUAUUUUUAUUUUUGCUGUUCAUUCUGAUCUAUUCCUUUAAUAAUUAUCUAGGAUUUCCUGUGCAAAGUGGACAACAUAAUACUCAUACAUUUUCUUUGAAUAUUUCAAGAGUUUAUCGUGCGUGUUGGUGCCAUCUCCUUUGUGUACUUAUGUCUGACCAAACUCUUGUCCUGGGUUAGACUGUUUAUCAGUUUUUCCCAAACUUUCAUGACGAUUUUUAAGAUCCAGGGUGGAAUUUUGUGAAAUGUUAAUGAAAAAGUAGACACUAGACCACUUUUCAACUUUUUUUCUUAUUGUUUUUAUAUCAGUGGUUAGUUAAGUCUCAUUUUCUGUGUCCACAAGAUGGUGCCAUUUCUGCAAUUUAGACUCACCAAAAUUUGAUCAUCGAAGCCCUGUUGAAAAUAGGGUAUGAAAAUAGCAUGAUGUAUGUAGCAUGAUGUUUCAAAGACGUGAGUCGCCCUAUUUUACGUGAGCAGAUAUGGUUUUCACUGCUUGGCCCAUUUAAACUAAUGAAAAGAGACAGGUAUAAUGUUACAUGUCAUCUAAUGAGGUUCCUUUGAGGAAUCAAAUUUAGUUUGCCAUAUUGAAAAUAUCUUCCCCCUAAAGUUACUCGUAAAAUGAGCUUGCCAUGUUAUGAAAAGUGUUUUGUUGUAAUUGUUUUGUUUAAAUGAAUUGCUGAAUUGUGUAAUUGUUUUGUUCAAAUUAAUUCCAUUUGUUUUUGUCAAAAUGUAAAAUGACAUGAAUGCAGUUUUGCUGGUUUAGUAAAUGGAUGGUAAUCUGAAUUGUAGAAAAGUCAAGAAGGAUGAAUUUAUAUUCACAUUUACAUGUGGUUGAAGUGCAGAUUAUUAAGCUUUUAUUAAAGGGUAUUUUUGUUUGUACAUUUGUUACACCUCUUAGAAAAUAUAUCACUUUUUUUAUAUCCCCCCCCCCCCACACACUCAAUAUCAAGGCAUCAUAAUGCUUAGGACAAAUGGUGUCACUGGUGGUCCUGAUUAGUCUUCUGUGUUUUCGAUCAGUUGCUUCUUUAGUGCAGGUAUAAGACAUAUUUUUAUGUCUAGUUUUUAUUGCUUCCUUUUGAUUGCUUUAGGGAUCUGUUAUUGGCUUUUGUCAAGAACAAAAUCAGAGACAUAGGCCAAACUUAGGCUUACCAAAAACAAUUGUUUGGAACAUCUUCUAGAAGAAAGAACCCUGGUGAGUUCAGAAAUCACAAAGGGCAUGGUAGGGCACGGAAGACCUCUACAGUUGAUCAAAGAAUUCUCACCGUAAUAAAGAAAAAACCCCAAACACCUGUCCGACAGAUUUGAAACACUCUUCAGGAGGCAGCUGUGGAUGUGUCCGUGACUGCUGUCCACAGAUGACCUCAUGAACUGAACUGAGGCUGUCCUGCAAGAUGUAGAUUACUAGUUGGCCACAAAAACAUCUUAUUAGCUUAACAAGUGCUAAGCCCAGUGAUAUCUUUUCAAUAUGUAAUAUGUAAAUGAUUCUUUUGCCACUAUUUUGUGCGGGAAAGGCAAGCUAAGUUGAAAAUGGCAAACCAUUGCCCCUUCUCUGGGUGUAGAGAAAGCAAUACGCUUUUUUCUUUUCACACAAAUAAAAAGACCUGCAAGAAGUGGUUUUUAUUUCUGGAUCCUGCGGGUAUUGCAAUGUUGCAAUAACCCAUAUAGGUAGUUUUCGCAGUGCCCAUUUUGCAGAACAGACAUUUGGAUCAGUAAGUAGGUCUACCUUUAACUACUGAUAAUUAAAUAGCUUUCAA